AUGUUGCCUAUGAAAAAAAAGGUUUCUCCUAUCGUUACGCACAGACGAACCACAGUGUCCCUUCGUUUCACUCGAAAGUUAAGGAAAUAAUAAAAUUGCAAAGUUUGCCCCAAUUGCGACUGCUACAAAUAUGAUGUUUCUUCUGCGUUUUUCUUUUACGGUAUGGUGAACAAGCUCGAUUUUUUUCUCCCGUUGAUGAUUUGCGAAAAAAUUGCGCUGAAUUGCGUACAUUAAGUACUAUACAUAUGUAUAUAUAUACAUGUAGUACUCUUGCUUACCUAUGUAUACCGCCACUCCUACGUUAUGUCACAAGCCCUCGUUAGCAUGCAGUGAUUUAUUUUCAUCCAUAUUUUCUCCGCUCUUUUGUACCAAGCCCCCUUUGACAUGGCCUAAACCUCGCUCGUAAUUUUUGCCGUAUGGAAUAUCCCCCCUCUAUGUAUCUACCACCCAUCUGUUCAUUUCAAACGUGAGCGGUAUUACUAUAUGUUUAUGCUUAUGCUUAUAUUAAUGCUUAAAUGUACGUGCGUACAUGUUAUUAGUGCUACGCUGAAAGGCACUUCGAACUGCUUCCUUGAUUGCCAUUCCUACACCUCCAUUCAGUUUGCAUUAAAUAUAAUUUCCGUUUUGCUUUCCUUAUGAACAGUUUUUAAUUCGUAUACUAUUAAUUUUAGGCUUUUGUAUUUUGUAUUUUUAUUUUUACAUACUUUUUGUACUUAUCAUUAAGGCUCCUCGUUAGUGUAAGGCUUGUUUUAUUUGACCUACAGUAGGGCCAUCUGCGAGCAGUGAUUAUCCUUCUUUCUUCCCCCCCGGUAGACGAGCGUGCCGCAUCGCAUAAACUGGCAGUUUCCCCAUUUUUAUAAAAUGAAUGAAAAUGGAGUAGGAGAGAAUAAAAACAAUUUUAAAAAAGGUGAGAAGCGCUCCAAGAAAGGGAACCCCAAAAAGGCGGGCAGCAAGGAUGACCACGCAAAAUCAGACCCUGCAGGUGCCCCAAGCGGAGAAGUGAAUAGCGGAAAUGCGCGCGAGGGUGACGAAGCAAAAGAAAACAGCGCACACCCUCCAAGCAAAAACAAUAUGAGUAACCUAUUUUCAUCGAACAAAAAAAAAAACAAACAGAAGAAGAAGUAUGAAAGUAACAUGGGGGAAAACAACGCAGAUAUGAAUGGAAAUAACUUGAAAACAAGCCCGUAUGUCAACUUGGGGGAUGAUGAUAUGAAUGAGGGGGCGGAGGGAGAUGGUUACUAUGGCGAGGAUAACAAUAAUGGUGCAAAGGAUGUGCAAAAAAAUUGCCAAGAGGGGAAUGAAAAUGAAAAUUGUGAUUGUGAUAACCAGAAUAGUACCAUUGUUGACGUGGGAGAAAAUGAAAAGAAUCCAGAAGAUGAAGAAGCAGAAAAAAGUAAAAAAAAUUGGCAGAGAAGAACAUUUAGCCGUUUCACCCCCGGGGGUGUACGCUCAAGCACAGUUCUGUUUAUAUGCACAGCGAUAGGAGUCGGCUUUCUCUCCAUACCGUAUGUUUUUUCAAAGCUGGGGAUAAUAUUAAGUCUACUGUUGAUACUUCUAAACGCCGUGGAAUCCUACGUCACGACGAACAUCCUGUGUUUGUCAUCCCUGGAGCAUAACACAUUUGUAUAUGGAAAUUUGCUAAAAAAAAUAGGACACAAAUACCACAAAACUAUCAUCGACAUUGGGCUGACGUUUGGUUUUCUCUCCAGUUACAUUUUAAUAUUGAUACUAAUAAGUAAUUUUUUAAGCAGCAUAUUAUACGUUUUUGAUUUCCCAUCCUUUCUUUAUAACCACACAUUUUUGAUUAUACUAGUGUGUGUACUGAUAGUACCUAUAACCUUUCGCGACCAAGUGGGAUCUCUAAACUCCUUUUUGAUUUUUUCCCUAUGCUCCUUAACGAUAACGGUAUUAACCAUCGGAUGGCAGGCAAGAGACUACUACACCAUAUUGAUUAACAAGGAAAUAGUGCUGUUUAACAUGGAUAAGCAUUUUUUCAAAUGCUUCAACAUUUUAUUGUUUUCCUUUUCGCAACAGCCAAAUGCAUGUUUUAUAGCUGGGCAGUUUAAUCAGCCAACUCACAGGAGAUUAACCAAGUCAGCAUAUAGGAGUGUUUUGUUGCAAAUUAUUUUUUACACUCUCUUUGGGCUUCUGGGAUACUUGUCCUUUUUAACCACCACCAAGGAUAACAUCAUACUGAAUUAUGAAGACACAAAUGUAUCCAUCCUGUUGUGUAAAUUUCUCCUAUCCAUAACGUUUUUUUUUUCUGUUCCUUUAAAUUUCAUGGGGUCCUAUUCAAGCUUACUAUCUUUGUACUUAUCCGCUCGCAAUAUGUUUCUUAAAUUUUACGUGUUUGUUACGAGAAGGAAUAGGUACAUGGCUAACCUAUCCACCUUUCUACGCGAGGAUGAGGCCAAUCCGUUUGAGGCCCCUCCGUUUGAGGAAAAUGCCCUUGACAAUUUGACAGAAAAUUCCAGCACAACGGAAUCGCAAGCGGAGGACAAAACUCAGAGAAAACUCAUCUCUAUUUCUGUCACCAUUCUCUGCGCCCUUAUAGCGUUUAACGUUAAAAAGUUAUCCAACGUUAUUGGCAUAGGAGGAGGAAUCACGUCUACGCUGAUAUCCUGGUAA